UCAUGUCUGUUGAGAUACACUACGCAUGCGUAGUUUAAAGUUGCCGUCACAAAACGCAAAAUGAUGUGGCUGCUGAGAUAGUUUUGUUUAGCCUGAAAGACAAACAAACUGUUGCAAUGAAACUUAUCAUACUGGUUCUCUUUUGUGUCUGCUGCUCUGUAACAUCAGAAGAAGACGAGAGACUGCCGAAUAAAUGCGAAGUGUGUAAGUUUUUGUCAGUAGAGCUGCAGGGCGCUCUGGAGAAAACUGGUCGCUCCAAAGAAGUCCUGGAGGUCGGAGAAGUGCUGGGCACAGGCAAGAGAAAACGAAAGAUUAAAUACAACACCUCGGAAACUCGGCUGACUGAAGCGGUAGACAAUAUAUGUGAACGCAUCCUGCAAUAUAAUGUUCAUGCAGAGAGGCCUGGCAGCCUCCGAUACGCCAAGGGUGCCAGUCAGACCAUGACGACCCUAAAGAACCUGGUCCACAAAGGAGUUAAAGUGGAUUUGGGUCUGCCGUAUGAGCUGUGGGAUGAACCCUCUGUAGAGGUGUCACACAUGAAAAAACAGUGUGAGACAAUGCUGGAGCAGUAUGAGGAGGUUGUGGAGGACUGGUACUUCCAUCAUCAGGACAAGAGGCUGGAGAACUUCCUUUGUGAGAACCACGUCCUCAAGACAUCGGAGCAAGAAUGUAUAAAGGAGGCAUUAAAAGGAGACAUGGGGAACAAAGGAGGGGGCAAGGAAGCAGAUGGUGACAGCACAGAAGAAGAGGGAACAAGACAUGACGCUGGCGAGCUAUGAGGAAACCAUUGUCAAAAAGGGAAAUGCAGAAGACAACACAAUAACCUAAAUGUUAGCUUUUGGCUGGAUGUGACACAUGGUCAACAAAUUUUUUUUAUCUGGUGCCAAAUCCUGGUUCUAGAAAAUACGUUUGGAUUUAUGACUUUACACCACAUUACUGU